AGCUGCAACAAGUCUCUGUGUUUCUGUCCUUAGAAAAAUUGGACUAUUCAGAAAGUCUUCGUCAACAACCCGCUAGAAUCUCUGCAAACACUGUGUGUAGCUAUGUCUACUGCCAGCUUUCUGCUAUCCGAAGAUCAGUUUCGGUGCUUCAUCUGUAUGGAUGUCUUUACUGAUCCUGUCAGCACAUCAUGCGGACACAACUUCUGCAAAACCUGCAUCACUAAACACUGGAAUACUAAUGACCAUUACCAGUGUCCCAUGUGCAAAAAGACUUUUACCACAAGACCUGAACUGCAUGUCAACACUCUGUUCUCUGGGAUGGUCGCUCAGUUCAGACAGUCAGCUCAACAGAAAGCCAGCAGCAGCAGCUCAAAGCAACAAGAAACCAAACCAGGAGAAGUUCCCUGUGACGUCUGCACUGGAACCAAACUGAAGGCACUGAAGUCCUGCCUGGUGUGUCUGGCCUCCUACUGUGAGACUCACCUGGAGCCUCAUCUGACAAUGUCAGGCCUGAAAAGACAUCAGCUUAUCAACCCUGUGGAGAACCUGGAAGACAGGAUAUGCAAGAAGCACGAUAAACCUCUGGAGCUGUUCUGUAAGACCGAUCAGACAUGUGUCUGUACACUCUGCCCUGUUUCAGACCACAAGACACAUGAUGUUGUUCCUCUGAGGGAAGAAUAUAAAUACCAGAAGGCUGAGCUGGGGAAGACAGAGGCUGAAAUUCAGCAGAUGAUCCAGAAGAGACAACUGAAGAUUAAGGAGAUCAAACACUCAGUCGAUCUCAGUGAGAAAGAUGCAGACAGGGUGAAAGCAGAAGGUGUUCAGGUCUUUACUGCUCUGAAGGAGUCUGUUGAGAGAGGUCAGGCUGAUCUCAUCAAAACAACAGAAGAGAAGAAGAGAAUGACACAGAAACAGGCUGAAGGCUUCAUCAAAGAGCUGGAACAGGAAAUCUCUGAGCUGAAGAAAAGAAGCACUGAGGUGAAGCAGCUCUCACACUCUGAAGACCACCUCCAACUUCUCCAGUGUAUCCAGUCCCUGAAAGCUGCUCGACUCUCCAAAGACUGGACAGAGGUCAGCGUCUGUCCACCAUCAUAUGAGGGGACUGUGGUGAGAGCUGUGUCUCAGCUGGAGGAGACACUCAAUAAAAAGAUGAAGAAGCUGGUAGCUGAGACUGAAAUGAAGAAGGUCCAGCAGUAUGCAGUGGAUGUGACUCUUGAUCCUGAAACAGCAAAUCCCUAUCUCAUCCUGUCUGAUGAUGGGAAACAAGUGAAACAUGUUGAUGUGAAGAAACAUCUCUCAGACAGCCCAAAGAGAUUUUCCCGUUAUAUUUGUGUCUUAGGAAAGCAGAGUUUCUCUUCAGGCAGAUCUUACUUUGAGGUUCAGGUUAAAGAAAAGACUGACUGGGCUUUGGGAGUGGCCAGAGAGUCGGUCAACAGGAAGGGAGACGUCCCACUGACUCCCCAGGAUGGUUACUGGACUGUAUGGAUGAUAAAGGAAAAUGAGUACAUCGCUCUAGCAGAUCCUACAGUCCGUCUCUCUCUGAAGUCUCGUCCUCAGAAGGUGGGGGUGUUUGUGGAUUAUGAGGAGGGUCUGGUCUCCUUUUAUGACGUAGAUGCUGCAGCUCUUAUCUACUCCUUUACUGGCUGCUCCUUCACUGAGAAACUCUUCCCAUACUUUGGCCCCUGCGCUAAUAAUGGUGGUAAAAAUUCUGCACCUCUGAUCAUCUAACCUGUCAAUUAAACUGGCUGAUCAUUUUUUUAAGAUCAGCAAUUUAUGGAAUAGUAAAGCAUUGGAAACGAUACAUAAACUCAUUUAAGGUUCUGUAUGUGGCUGUCACAAAAUCCUUUUUUUAGUGACACCUCACUCUGAGGCCGUUGAGUGAACUGCAAUCAGCAUCCUGUUGUCCAUGCUCCAGUGUGCAAACUCUGUAGCCACGAGCCAGCACCUGGGCAUCAGCCAAAACAGUAACAAGCAUGAGACCAACCACGGUUGACUGUCAUCAUGUUGACAGAAUACUUGAAAUAAAUUGCAAUCAUAUUCAGAAAAAUGUCAUUAUCUGUAAUGUUCCUAUAUUUCAGUUGGACCAUUUGCUCCAUGGUACUUAGUCUUAUUUAAUCAGCUGACGCCACAAUGUACCCUAGAUGGCUAACUUUAGCUCAGCUUGUGGUUAGCUCCAUGUAAGUAUCAUGGAUCACAUUAGCUUGGAAAGUAAUUUGGCAAGCUAGCUAAUAUCCACUCAGAUAGUAUUUUCUAGUGAAAUCAGCGAGUAAGCCAGCAAAGGUAGCUAGCUAGCUGUAACUGAUGCUACAAAGCAACCUUUGCAUCUGGUAUGCAAUCAAAUGAAAAUUUUGAGCCAUGACUCCUUCUGUUCUGGCUCCCACUAACACAACAAGACCACAUUUUAAGACUCCUAUGUAGCCUACAGCCCUGUGGCAUGUUGAUUUUUGCCUCCAGCUAACAAGGUGAUGUCAUUGUGAGGGUCUAUAGCCAGGGAACAGUUAGCUGACCUCUCUGCAGUUUAAACAACCAACCCUUUUAUUUCACAGCUUAAGUUUCCAUCUUAUGUACAAAUUCUGGUUGUUUGGCAUGUUAGAGCAUUGCUCUGCCUGCAAAAUUUAGGGCACUUUGUCUCGCUCUGGCUGAAUUUGAAUUGCUACAGGGCACCAGGUGACAGUCAGUCUUCGCCGAGCGGCCACUGCAGAAUGUAGGUAAUUGAAACAGCAUAUGUGGACUCAGUGUUAUAGUGGGUGUCGGCCAUUUGUUUCAGUUAUCAGACACCAUUUCUUAGCUCACGUUAGCUGUGUAGAGCUGAAGUAAGAUGCAGCAUGCCGCUGGGUGAAGUUUGCAGAGUGGGCCAUUUGCAGGGGCUGUGUUACUCAAAAAAAUACAACCCUGGUACCCUGGGUGUGUUGGUUGUUGACAUUCUGGGACGCCAUGUCAAGUUCUG